UGUAACAAGGUUGCAUGGUAUUUUUUAACUUCCGGAUUACGAAUAGAUUUUGAAAAAUUGGUCAUGAGUUCUGAAAAUACGGAACUCUGCAGAACCAUACCUCGGGCUGCGAAGACGACGGGGUGGCGAUUUGUGGCCUCGGGCAAGGAAUACAAAGUGGACCAGUUUUAUCAGGAAUAUCGAGACAGUUUUCCAUGCGUAGCCAUUGUUACGCAGGGCUUUUUCGGCGACAUAGGAAUAGAGAUCAUCGGAAAUGGACAGACGAUCUACAUCCAGCGGUGCGGUAGACAGCAGAGGGUGGUGGCAGAGGUUUUGUCUGGUCUGGGGGUCAGGCAAAUCUCCAUCCCUACAGCCUACAGGGCCAGAUUCUGUAUAAUGGACAAGCAUGGGGCCGAUUCCAGAGAAUAUCCUUUGGCUGAAAUCUUGCGGCUGCGCAAUUUACCGUGUAAUGUCAAGUUUUCUCCUAAAAACCAAUUUAACCUGGUGUCAGUCGAGGGAACCAAUACGGCAACCAGCAACAUCCGGUUACGUCUGCUGAGAACGUACGAUGAACUGUACCUGGUCGGGAAUCCUAUCACAGAAAGUUGUAUCUACCCAGAUCUGAUGUUGGUACCGUUUUACCUGGAGGACCUUAGACUGUCCCUGGUUACCGGGAUACAGGGCUUCCCUGGCCCAUGGUCUUCCUAUCUAAGUCAUCUGUCUGUCGCCAAAGUGUCCGAUUCCGCCAAGUUUGGAAAUUCUGAUAUUGCAGUAUACAAGAAGACCGGUCUUAAGUCGUUUGAGACAUCCAAUGUCAUUCCACAGACUUACCUUAGUAUUGCAGAUGUACGCGGCUCCAUGGGACACCAUUACGAAGACAUACACAUGAAACAACAAACCGACAAAAUAUACGACAUACUCUGGGAUGCUCAUAGUGGCGUCCCUGUGAUGAAAGAGAGGCCGAUCGACAGAAUGACGUCACGGGAUAAAAAAACUAACCAGAGAUACGUUGAUUGGAAAGAUGCCAAGUUGUCAGCUUCAGGCAGUAGUAAGUCAACUAGACAGUACGCUUCACGACCUUUGCCAAAGCCUCCUAAAGAUCGAGACGAUGAAACUAAAAUCUCGACACAGGUGAGCAAUUUAUACCUCAGAUCAAAUGAUAUGCAGGAUAAACAGGAGCAACAACCCACAGAGCCAACCAUUAAAAGUGUUUCAGCCACCAAGGCCGAUACCCAAGUACAACCGCAGGACGAGAAACAACAAUAUCACGAAUCUGGUCAGCACGAACAUUCGAGAGAUAGACAAUCAGGCUUGACGAGCGAAGGGAAAGUUGACAGUGAACAAAAGCCUACUAUUGGGUCUAGCGAAGCUAAUGUAAAUAAAAUACCUCCUCGGCCAAGAAGAAAGAAAUCUCUGACUGAAGACUUGCUGGCGCCUGACCAGUCAGCGCAGCGCCGUGAGUUGGUACCACACAUGUCUGUUUCGGACGUCCAGUAUUGGCUGAAAGUGCUGAGGCUUGAUCAGUACACAGGCGCGUUUUUGGAGAAUGAGAUAGACGGCGCUCUUCUGUUGGAACUAGAUAAUGGCGUUCUGAUAGGGGAAUUCGGAAUGUCUAAAUUACACGCUAUAAAACUCCGUAAGUUUGCUACAGAAGGGUAUAUGCCUCGGCAAUAAGGUCGACAAGUUAUCAUAAUGCACAUUCAAUGUCAAAUAAGGAAGAACCUUCUCAAUGGCUUUUUUCACCACUGCAACAAAGCGGACGUUAAAAUUGUUGAUCUUUACUUGAUAUCAGAGAAUCUAGUAAUAAGUAUAGUGUCCAACUGUGAUAUAAUACAAAUACCAUUUGGAAAAGGAGAAUAAAAUGGAUUAACUGCUGUAAUGAUUAUCCAGCGGCUCGACUACUAAGUGUGUCGUUUACUUGUCAUUUACUUUUUAAAAAUGAAUUUUGUCUGAUUGGUAUCGUUGGUAUCUUUGUGAUCAU